GCGUUGCUGAAGAUGAAGCGUGAUACCCGAUUCGGCCGAGCUGACGACAACGACACGCACUGCGCGGCCUCGGCGCAGUAGCAGUGGCGGCUGGUCUGGCUCGCGGGGUUGCCAUAGUUCGACAACGUCAAGCACUUGGUGCGCAUUUUUCGAUGUUAAUCUCGGCACCUCGCUAUAGGCGCGGUCAGCUUGUCGCACGCUCGUGCUUUCAUCACCGCCAUCGACAACUGCGUCAAUUCGUGACCGGUAUCCAUUACCACUCUCUAUCUGACUAUCUCGAGCUGCUCCACUCGUCUGGAUCUGGGCCCAGUCACCGGAAUUGAGACCCAUCAACGGGUGCAUCAGAAACCGCUCGUCGCGACUACUAUUAGCUCGCCUCCACCGCUUAUCUCGAUCCUCUACGGACCCGGCCCACUGAUACAGCACUUCGCGCGACGCUUAUUACUGUACUCUACUGUACUACGUACGUACUACUCCCAUACGGACACCCCUUGGAAGGCUCCGCAAAGUCGUCCACCAUGGGCAACCCUGACCGGCCGGCCGAGGCAUCGGACGACUUUGCGGCGACCAAGGUCCCGGACAUGCCGCAGAGGGCUUUGUAUCAGCAGACGGUGCCUGUGGCCGUUGAGAGCGGCGACGGCGACGGCGUGGGCGAAGUUGGCGAUAUGCCGCCUUCAUAUGAAGAGGCGGCGUCGAGCGGCUCCGGCCGGCCCGUCGGUACCGAUGCUAAUACCCGCCCCGGGCCCGGGUCCGGGUUGAGGUCGGUGUCCGCCGGGAGCACAGCUGCUGCGGGAUCCGACCACGGCAACUCCAGCCAGCACCGAGCCGAGGCGGCCCGAACUACGAGUAGUAGUAGUAGGUGCAGCAGCCUAAACGCCGAGGCGAGUGAUGCCCUGCUCGGCCAUUCAUCAAGCCCGGACCAGCGGCCGCCGCAGCAUGAUAAUCAGCAGCAGCAGCCGAAACCCGCCGACGAGGAUGCGGCGGCAGCAGCCCAGCCGAGCGAUGCUAUCGAUAUCAGCGGGUACAAGCACACCGAUCCCAUGAGGUGGGACCUGCGCGAGCGCAACGGCGACUGGAACAAGCUGGACGGCGAGCCCGGCUGCUGCGUGUCGUCCUCCGGCGGCUGCUGCUUCUCAUCGCGCGGCGGCUGCUGCUUCUCGGACCGGGGAGGGUGCUGCUUCUCGGACCGCGGGGGCUGCUUCUUCUCCGACACGGGGGGUUGCUUCUUCAGCAGCGGGGGGGCGUGCUGCUGCAGUGAUCACGUCGAAAGGGGGCCUGCGCCGUCAUCAGGAUGAGUUAUGGGGGUUGCGCGAGACCCCUGAUGAUGGGGCUGUGGUCUAUAAUGCAUGGUUCUGAUUAUGGAUACUGUUCGGCAGUGGCGUUUGCGAUGAGAUGAUGUCGAUCUGGCUACCUAUAUCACGAACGUACCCAGCCCAGGAACUCACAUCGAUGGCCAUAUGUAGUUGAUCCUUUUCAUGCUACAAUGACUAAAUUAUGUACAGACUUGGAAUACGAAACGUGGACUGGGACAUUUCAUACAAUAUACCUCUCUACGCCUCAGAAAG